GAUGACAAGACGCGUCGUCCGACAGGCUAACACGAUAGCCAGUGACCUACUGUCUCCAGAUCAUUUUAUAGAAAGUGCUGUCCAUCGUGACCAUAUCUUGAUGAAACGACGCCGACCCAAUCACCAGUAUCCUGACACCCGCGAAGCCCUAACCAUAACCAAAAGUCGCCGUCAGAACAAUUAACCAACUCCUGACCCGAAUCCGUGUCCCUAUUAGCCUCACCUCCCUCGCUGACUGCGUUCCGUCAUUAUGGGUAGCUCUCUACGAAGGACUCUUUGAGGCUCGCAUUCCAGGGAUUAUCCGUACCAAUGCGUCAAGCCAUGGUGCCCGAAUUCAUAACGUCACUUGCGUUCUGGACGAGCUUGCGACUACGGUUCUUGGGGUGGAUUUAGGACACAUAAGGGCAGAGGAUGUUGUAACGGGGGAGAGAAAAGCUGUUAUGAAUUUGGUGGAGAUAUUUGGGGAACUGGGAAAAGCCAUGGACAGGGUGGAAGGGGUCGAAAGCCAGAAUGUGUCCAGUGAGCGGCAAGAUAAAGGAAAAGGUCCAGUCAGAGAGGAACAGAGUGCGGAGAUGAAUUCAUAUUUUUUGGCAAAUGAAGGUGACGACUCAUUAGGACUGAACUUGGAUGAAGGGUACGGAACUCAACAGAUCCCGGAGCUACGUGAUCUGGCAAAUCCACCUGAGGGGGGCCCAUCAUCAGCAGGCCCAUCCGGAUACGGUCGUAAAUCUAGACCAGAAAUCUCUAGUACAACCUUGGAGAUCCCUUAUGAGCCAAAGACAGGUUCUCCGCUUGCAUUCACCCAACCCGAGCCCCCACCAAGUCCACCAAAGAAGCGCCGACGUCGUAUUCGAUCGGGUAGCACAGUGUUGACAGAUGUUAGGAACGAUGUCGAGGAAUACCUCCAACAGCAAAUGCAACGCGGGCGGGCAAAGGGACGUCAUGGCGCCAAAGUAGAAGACACACAGAGCACACACUCUGCGCAACCAAGACGAUCCAGUACGUCGCCAGUGAAGCGCAGUCCUCUCCAUCCGCUGCUGAAUGUAAAUGCCAAAGAUACCCCAUACACAAAGGCGCUGAAAUUACGUCGAGCUCGCUUGUUGCGGGAACAGAAAGCGCGAUCUGGAAAGUCACGACGGGAUCAUUUACCUCGUCACUCGAUAACACCUAAACGACGAGCAACGCUUGCUAAACGACUUCAGGCCAGACCACUUGAAGGUAGCGAUGGAGGUGUCGCUGAGAUGGAUUAUUCAAUGGGCAUAUCAGAACCAGACGAUGGAGUAUCUGAGCAACAAGAUGAAACAGACGGGUCUACGACUGAACCUGGCACACCGGCCAAGCCUCUUCCAGAGCGAAACCUGGAAGAAUACGAAAAGACUGUUCGAGCUGCUUUACCAUCAGCUGAAAUUCACCCUCGUACUAAAGAUCGGGUGUGGAACCAGCAAUUGAAAACUUGGGAAAAGGCUUUGGAUGACCGGUUAUGGAGUGGGACUGUGCGAAAUCACCGAGAAACUCAAAGUGCAAUGGACAGCGUCAGGCCCCUGAUACAUGCUACAAAGCAUUUGCAGACAGACUUGGCUGCUCAACGCAGGCGCAAGGAAAGCGAAGCUCUCCGUGUCGUCAAAGCAUCAAUGCGCGAACAGAAGCGCCGUAUCGUCCGCAUGGAGAAACGGCAACGAGAUGCGGAAUCUGACGUGAAACGAUACAAGCAAAAGAAGGCUAGCAAAGAUGAGCUUUUAACAGCCAAAUUAUUCGAUACCUACGCCCGCACGGAACGUCAAGCUAUCCUUGCCGAACGUCGAGCUCAAAAAGAAGUUCAAAAGGAACAAGAAAAAGCUCGAAAAUUAGCACAGGAGUCUAAGGAAAACUUUUACAAAUCCCAAAUUGCUCUUCUCAUGGAGCAAUUACAAGAAGCACGGCGGGAAGAAGAGGUUGUUGUCAAGGCCCAUGCGGAGGAAAUGAGACGACUGCUGCAAGACCAGAAGCAAGCAGCUAGGACGCAUAUUAGGAGGGUAAAAGAAAAGCUCGAGGUUGAUGUUGAGGAUAUGGAGUUUAGGGAAUUGGAUGCGGAAAGGGUCGCCCGGGAUCUGAUGUUUGCCGUUAGACGAAGAAAUUGAGCCUGUGUACAUUAAUACUGCAUAUUGCUGAUGUACGUAUUCUUAAAUACAGGUUAUGAUAACUUGUA